UCAUUUCCUCAAUACCUUUUGAUUAAAUUUCCUCUAAUCAUCAAUGGCAGAACUUGAGUGCCCAAAGGUGAUGAACAACCUAAUCUCGUACCUCUCAUCGCUUUUAGACCGUAUUGCAGAAUCUAACGACAAUAACCCGGGAUUCCACGAGCAAAAAAUCUCGGCAUUUCAUGGGCUCACAAGGCCAACCAUCUCUAUUCAGAGCUAUUUAGAGAGAAUUUUCAAGUAUGCCAAUUGUAGUCCUUCGUGUUACGUAGUUGCAUACGUUUAUCUUGAUCGGUUUACUCAGCAACAACCUGCAGUUUCUAUCAACUCAUUCAAUGUUCAUCGAUUGCUGAUCACAAGUGUUAUGAUUGCUGCCAAGUUCAUGGAUGACAUGUACUACAACAAUGCAUACUAUGCAAAAGUAGGUGGAAUCACCACAAAAGAGAUAAACUUUCUUGAAGUGGAUUUCUUAUUUGGAUUGGGGUUUCAAUUGAAUGUAAAUCCUACUACAUUUCACACCUAUUGUUCCUAUCUCCGAAAGGAAAUGUUCCUUCUUCAGCCACCAUCAAAUAUAGAGGACUCAUCAUCCUCAUAUAAAUCAAGAUCAACAAAGCUCCUCCACUAUGAAGAUGAUCAACAACAACAAAAGCAACAACAUAAAGUGGUAGCCGUCUAAUUAAUUUUCCAUUUUUAAGUUGGUCAUAUUAUGGAACCUUGAAUUAUUAGUUAGAUUGUAUAUUAUUCAUUAUGGGUUUAGCAAAUUAAGCCUUUUUUUUUUUUU